GCAACUCACCGUAUACUCGAGGGAGCGCAUCACCCUUUUCCCCGCGUGGAAAUCCCCACUUUAUUCGUCCAUGGUGUGCUGUACGCGAGCGUAGCGUGUGUUGUGUGAGUUUGUGCGUGAGUGGGCUCGCGUCGCUGCCUGGCGCGACAGAGCUGCAAAGCAGUCCGCUCGCAUCUCCGCGCGCGAGAGCAUCGCUCGCGUUCGACGACGACGACCAGCGAGUAGCGUACGUCGUAUAAGGACGCGAGAACGUGCGCGCGAUUGUUGCCCUGCGGUGUGUGUGUCUGCGUGAGUCGCUGCUGGCGACCACUAUGGGCCCCUUGAUAAUAAUACCUGUUGCUGUUGCUGCUGCCACGAUUGCUGCUGCUACUACCCAUAUAAUUCGCGACAUGUUCGACGAUUAGUUGGUUCCAUUCUUGUGCGUAGGAGUGCGUGCUGUAGUUGUUUGUUAAGUGUGUCCAAGAAGACGAGAGCAAGAGAUGGGUCUAGUGAGUAGCCGGCCGGCGGACGAUGGCGGUGGUGGUGGCGGCGAGUAUCAGCAGCAGCAUUUACAUCGUGAAGUCGUCGCAUCCAUCUCCACCGGGGGCAGCAUCAAGAAGCCCCAUCAUCUGCACUCGUCGCCGCAACAUCAUGCGAGGCAGGGUAGCGUUCGUGGCGCUCCGAGGCAACCAAUGCCCGACACCCAGGAACUCGAACGCCGUUUCACCAAAGUUCUGGCCUCGAUGGAUCUGCCACCAGACAAGGCGAAGCUGCUCAAGCAGUACGACAACGAGAAGAAAUGGGACAUCAUAUGCGAUCAAGAAAGGGUACAAGCUAAAGAUCCACCAUCGCACUACCUGGCGAAACUGCGGACUUACCUAGAUCCCAAAGCAUCGAGAAGUCAUCGAUCGUAUCGUUUCGUUAUUAUGCUCUUACAGAAGCGAAAGAUGGUCGGCGAGUCGACGUCCACCCAAGUGCUGCGCGACCUGGAGAUUUCCCUGCGCACAAAUCACAUCGAAUGGGUAAGGGAAUUCCUGGACGAGGAGAAUCAAGGCCUCGACGCCCUGAUAGACUACCUAAGCUUCAGAUUACUGAUGAUGCGGCACGAGCAGAGACUGCUCGAGUCGCGCACCGAGUCCGAGGAAAAACUACAGUCGAGCACGGGCACAGGUGAGAACUCGCCGCUAAAUAAUGGAUGCUUGAGGCCACCGCUGCACGAGCUGAAAGACAGUCCGGGUGUGAAGCGGCGCUCGAGGCAUGUUGCACGGCUUAACAUGGGGGAGGCCAAAGACGACAUUCACGUCUGCAUACUCUGCAUGCGCGCCAUCAUGAAUAAUAAGUACGGCUUCAACAUGGUGAUCCAGCAUCGAGAGGCCAUCAACUGCAUCGCGCUGAGUCUCAUGCACAAGAGCCUCAGAACGAAAGCUUUGGUGCUGGAGCUGCUGGCGGCGAUAUGCCUGGUGAAGGGUGGACACGAGAUCAUACUGUCGGCCUUCGACAACUUCAAGGAGAUCUGCUCGGAGAGACGGAGAUUCACCACCCUCAUGGAAUAUUUCACUCAGUACGAUAGCUUUCACAUCGAGUUCAUGGUCGCAUGCAUGCAAUUCGUCAAUAUCGUGGUGCACUCGGUCGACGACAUGAACUUUCGGGUGCACCUGCAGUACGAAUUCACCAAGCUCGGCCUCGACGAAUAUCUCGAAAAGUUGAGGCACACCGAGAGCGAGGAUUUGCAGGUUCAAAUCUCGGCUUAUCUGGACAAUGUGUUCGACGUUGCCGCCUUGAUGGAGGACAGUGAGACCAAAACUGCUGCACUCGAGAAAGUCGCUGAAUUAGAAGACGAGCUUGGACACGCGCAUGAAAGGAUGGGUGAGCUGGAGCGAGAAUCGCUAGCGAAAUUAGCUGAUCUCGAGACUGAACUAGGCGCGAUGAAGGUCGAGUAUGCCGAAGCACUCGAAGCUCGUCGGCAAGUCGAGGAGGAACUCACCAAUCUCAAGCGUCAGAAGCAGGAUUCGGCCAGGAGGCAGAGCGUAUUGGAAAGCAAAAUUCAAGAGCUGGAAACUCUCACCGGUACUCUCACUAAGAAUUCUUCGAUCGCUAUGCGAAAUGGAUCGGCAUCGACGUCACCGGUGCUGGAUGGACCUCUAUUAAACGACAACUCACCUUCGCCGCAGAACGAAGUUCAUGCACCUGUGCCGGCGCCACCACCUCCGCCGCCUCCACCUUGUCCACCGCCGAUGCCUGUCGAUUCAAUGAUGGGCAACCAUAAACCGCCACCUCCCGCUCCGAUUCCACCACCACCUGCGCCCGGUAUGAUGCAGGCUCCCGAUGGUGCGAUGACCAUCAAACGAAAGGUUCAAACGAAAUACAAACUGCCGACAUUGAAUUGGAUAGCUCUCAAACCGAAUCAAGUGCGAGGUACCAUCUUCAAUGAACUUGACGACGAUCGAUUGCACAGCUACAUCGACUUCACGGAUUUCGAGGAGAGAUUUAAAAUCGGCUUGGGUGCACAUCUCGCCAAUGGCAACAGUGAAAUCGAUGGUCUUCAAAGCUUUCCAAGCAAACGCUUCAAGAAACCCGAGAACGUCUCGCUCUUGGAACAUACGAGAUUGCGAAAUAUCGCUAUCUCGAGAAGGAAAAUGGAAAUGCCUGUGGAGAAAGUUAUCGCUGCCGUUAAUGCGCUGGAUCUCAAAGUUCUUUCGCUUGAGAAUGUGGAGUUGUUACAGAGAAUGGUGCCCACGGAACAAGAAACGAAAGCAUAUCGAGAAUAUAUAUGCGAGAAAAAGAACGUGAAUCUCCUAACCGAAGAAGACAAAUUCCUGAUGCAACUUGGUAAAGUCGAAAGAAUCUCAACGAAAUUGUCUAUCAUGAACUACAUAGGAAACUUCUUCGACAAUGUGCACCUCAUUGCUCCUCAAAUACAUGCUGUGAUAUCUGCAUCGAACUCAGUCAAAUCUUCGAAGAAAUUAAAGGCUGUUUUAGAAAUAAUUCUUGCCUUCGGAAAUUAUUUGAAUAGCAGUAAGCGUGGUCCUGCAUACGGUUUUAAGCUACAAAGUUUGGAUACAUUGUUAGAUACAAAGUCGACCGAUAAACGUAUGUGCCUUCUGCACUAUAUUGUGGCAACUAUAAGAGUGAAAUUUCCCGAGCUCGUAAAUUUCGAAUCUGAACUGUUAUACAUCGAUAAAGCUGCAACUGUUUCUCUUGAGAAUGUAACCACCGACGUGCAUGAAUUAGAGAAGGGUAUGGAUCUUGUUCGCAAAGAGUUUGAACUUCGAGGCAAAGAAAAACAUAACACUGUGCUGCGAGACUUCCUUAAUAAUUCCGAAGAAAAAUUGCGACGAUUAAGAUCUGAUGCUCGUGCUGCUGGAGACGCCUUUAGGGAAUGUGUUGAAUUUUUUGGUGAAAGUCCUAGACAAGCUGAUGCUAAUACAUUCUUUUCUUUGAUUGUUCGGUUUGCAAGAGCAUUCAAGGCUGCAGAUCAGGAAAAUGAACAACGUCGAAGGCUAGAGCUCGCAGCAGCAGAAGCUUUGAAUACGUCGGAGGAAGUUAUUAAAAGAAAUAAGUUGAAUCAGAAAAAACAACAGGAUGCUGUUAUAAACGAAUUAAAAAAUAAAACCAGACUAGUUCAAGAAAAGAAGCUUUUGCAACAGGAUGAAGUUUACAAUGGAGCACUGGAAGACAUUCUUUUGGGCCUUAGAUCAGAGCCAUAUCGUAGAGCAGAUGCAGUCCGAAGAAGCCAGCGAAGACGCAUAGACAAUCACAGACUUUCUCGCACUGCAGAAGAAUUGGAGGUGUAAUUUAAUUUUUUUUUUCUCUGCUUUUACAGAGACAAAUUUUUCAUGGCAGUUUCGUCUACGAAGUGUACAUAAAAAAAAUUCAACGCGACAUAUCGAUGAAAAUAAGUUGAAUUUAUCGAAUUUAUUCCCGCAAGAGAUGAUGAAACAUGCAAAGCAUUUGUGAAAUUUCUUGACAUCUGAUGAUGAAAAAUGCACAAGUCAUUGUAUUGGUGCUACAGGCUGUAUAGUAAUUGUAUUUUUUUACAUGCACGUUUAGCGCAUUCAUAUACGGAAAUGUUUGUUUUUACAAUUUCUCAAUGGAUGAUGUUUUGACGAUGCAAAAAAUCACGCAACGCAAACUUUUUAUAACUUCAAUAUCAUAAUUAAAUGAUACUUUUCGAAAUGAAGAUCGAUAGUAGUCAAAUAAGAGAGCGUUGAUAUUUAUGUGCAAAGUUUUUUUAGUAUUUGCAUAAAAUUAUGAUUACUCUUAUUACUACAUUUGUUUCUUGUUGGUUGUUGAACAUUUUUUUUCAAAUUUAUAAAACUACAAAUAUAUUUCUAAUUGGUAUUAUAAGUAUUAUACUUUUUCCUAUCCAUUGCUCUCUUUUUAUAUAAAUUAGUUAUCAUUUGAUGCAAACAUUCCGAUGAUUAUUUUUAACCGCUAUUUAAAGACAUCACAUGAUGUAAUUCCGUCAAUAUGUAUAGAAAAUAUCUAUCAAUAUAUUUUCAAAAUAAUCUAUUUGCACUACGUCUUGAUACAACUAUAAUCAAAUUUUGCUAUUCUCGAUUAAAAUAUUUUAUAAUAUCAAUACUAUUCAGUAAGUGCACAACCAUUUAUAUAAACAUUUACCCGACGGCUUGUUGAAUAAUACACAUUGUCAAUACUAUAAACAUUCCUAUGGAAGAAAUAGAUCCACAUAAAAUUUAAAAAUGACAAGUAACUUUUUUACUGAUAUAAGAAGAAUAUAUAUAUUUCAAAAUAUUUGACAAUGACAACUUUUACUUUUAGCGUUUGUUAGUCGAACCGUCCAAAAAAGAAAAGCCGAAAAGCCGUAUUUCUCAAAUUACAUUGACUUCAUAAAUGAUUAACAAUUUCCGUAUUUUUAUGAUAUAUUAUACAUAUUCGAUGUAAGUUCGCGUGAAAGUUUUUCGCGAUUUCAUCAAUUUUUCGAUACAUAUAUGUGUGCGUGCAUACGUGCGUGUGUGUAUGUGUGAGUGCGUGCGUCCGUACGUGUGUGCGUACGCGCACGCGUGUGUAUUCAAAUUGAAAUGGUAUGAAUUUGAUAAAAUAAAAUAGUUGCCUUAACAAAAUGACUCUGUCUGCACAGCAUUUUUGAGCAAUUAAAAUGAAGACCGAACCAUAACUUUUAAGGUACUUUUAUACAUCAAACUGAUACUAAAAAUAAGUUGUACAUAUUUUUGUAUAAUAUCUGUAAAAGUCAGCACGUCACAAGUGUAUGAAAAUCUAUAUAAUUAUUUCUACAUGCUAUGUAUUCGCCGAUUAUACGAUUAAUUUAUAAUUGUGAUGUUUAGGAAACUACGUAUACCAAUGUAUCCUUCAAGUUAAUCAUAUUGCGACUGUGCAGAUAUUAAACCAGCUUAAAUUCAAAUCAAAAUAAGUCUUUCGUAUAUAUUUUGCGAAUCUGUAAAUAUGUGAAUUAUCGGUAAGUUACAUAAACAUUUUCAGAAUGCUCGUUUUAUUUGUAAAAUAUAUAAAUUGGCAUCGAUUGCAUGCAAUAAAU